AUGCUUCAGCAUCGGAUUGCCCUUAAGGGUGUCCGACUUCCCUUCCGAUGCGUCUCAUCUCUUCUCCCUCGCUCAUACUCGACGGGCAUUGAGGCACACACAGAGACUGUUCCCGCUCAGUCUUCGAGCUCGAGCAUCGAUCCCAGCCUUUCAUUCGCUCCUCCUCCUAUCCGAUCGGACUCUGCCAUUAACAUCCGAAAAUACACACCGCGCACUCCCGGUGUUCGACAUUUGCGAAGGCCCGUGAACGAUCAUCUGUGGAAGGGUCGUCCGGUACACAAAUUGACAUUUCCCAAGAGGGGUCACGCCAAAGGAGGCCGGAAUAACAGCGGUCGAGUUACCGUCCGACACCAUGGUGGUGGACACAAGCGUCGAAUCCGAAUGGUAGACUUUACGCGGGCUGAUCCCGGCCCUCAACUUGUUGAGCGCAUCGAACACGAUCCCGGACGCAGUGCUCACAUCGCCCUUCUUCGCAGCAAAGAAACCGGAAAGCUGAGCUACAUUGUGGCUGCGGACGGUAUGAGGGCUGGAGAUGUCGUGCAGAGUUACAUGGCUGGUAUUCCUGAAGACCUGUGGCGAAGCAUGGGAGGAACGGUUGAUCCUGGUGUUAUGGCUGCUAGGACUGCCUGGAGAGGAAACUGCUUGCCUUUACACAUGGUUCCUGUUGGGUCACUUAUUUACAACGUCGGUCUGCGCCCUGGCGGAGGCGGACAGCUCUGCCGCAGCGCCGGUACGUUCGCGACUGUUAUCUCUAAAGGUGUCAACCAGGUGGCUGCAGCCGACCAAGAGAGCAGGGAAAGCUUGGCAGGCUCGGAAGAGAAGAAGAAGCCCAUGCGGCAGCGAGAGAUUCAAGCUCGGGAGCGCACUCUCCAACACAUCACCAUCCGUCUCUCCUCUGGUGAGGUUCGCCUUAUCCACAAGGACUGCUGUGCUACCAUUGGUGUCGCUAGCAACCCGAACAAGAAGUACGCCCAGCUCGGAAAGGCUGGACGAUCACGCUGGCUCAACGUUCGACCGACUGUGCGCGGUCUUGCCAUGAACGCCCAAGACCACCCUCACGGUGGUGGACGAGGAAAGUCGAAGGGUAACAUCGAUCCGAAGAGUCCCUGGGGUCUACCGGCCAAAUCCGGUUAUAAGACACGUCCUAAGUGGAAGGUCAACAAGGCAGUUGUUGUUGCAAGAGUCCGCAACCAGGGCAAGCGUCGCAGAGGAUACCACUAG